CAUGUCCGACUCCUCCCGCUCCCGGCGGAAGCGCUCGCGGCACAACGAUCCGGACGGCGCGGGCCCCUCGCGCGACGCGGCGUUCAAGGUGACCGUCUCGGGCGGGCAUCGGUACCCGCCAAAGCUCGUGGAGCAGUGGCGGCAGGGCACGCUGUGCGACUGCACCAUUGUCGUGGACCCCGAGACGUUCAGCGGGCAUCGCAACGUGCUCGCCGCGGCGAGCGGCUACUUUGCGGGCCUCUACUCGGGCGCGGGCGUCGUGAUGCGCGAGCGGAACGGCGGUCCGGCGCAGCUCGAGGGGAUGUCCCCCGAGGUAUUCGGCGCGGCGCUCGAGUUCAUGUACACCGGCGAGUGCGGCCUGCCCGAGACGAUGCUGACCGAGCUGCUCCAGGCGGCGUCGCGGCUCCAGGUCGAGGACCUGCUGCGCGCGACCACCCAGGCGCUCGCGCUCAAGGAGCGGCUGCAGCCCUCCAACUGCCUCGCGAUCUGGGAGCUCGCCGAGCGGCUUGGCCUCGCCGAGCUGCAGGAGCACGCGCGGGAGUCGGCGACGCGCGAUUUUGAGAAGCUGCAGUCGAGCCCGGAGUCGCUCUUCCUCUCGCUGCCUCACGCCCGGCUGGCGACGCUGCUCGCCGACAUGAACCUGAACGUCGAGAGCGAGGACGCGGCCUUCCAGGCGAUGGUUGCGUGGGCGCGCCACCAGCAGCCCGCUCCGUCGGAGGCCGAGCUCGAGCAGCUGCUCUCUCUGAUCCGCUUCCCGCGCAUGACGCGCGCCUUCCUGGUCGACGUGGAGCCGCUGCUGCUCGGACACCCGCGCGGCGCAAUCAUCUACGCGCAGUCCUUCCGCGAGGUGCAGUUCUGCGACGACACGCCGCGCGCAAAGAAGCGGCUGGUCCGCCUGUCCGCGUCGAACGUCAAGUACACCGACCUCAAGGCGGAGAUGGCGGUGCGCAUCUGCGGCGAGAUGGGCGAGGUCAAGCAGGCGUGCGAGCAGCGCGCGCCAGGCGCCUCGGAGGCGGUCGAAUGGAACGAGGACAUGGUUGACUACUUCGAGGAGCGGCACCGCGGCGCCGGGCUGCGCAUCCGCAAGAUCUCGCAGGAGCUGCAGGCGGCGGAGCUCGAGCACCCGUCGGGCGGCUCGGACCACUUUUGGUUCCCUUUCAACGUCUUGGCGCGCGCCGCACGCCUUGGCUGAAGCGCCUCCAGACCCCACCCCUGGACUCCUGCACUCCUCCCCACGCGCCCCACCCCCCGGCACGUGUGCCACAUGCGCCCUUUCGCCUGCGGCUUUGUGAUCUGUGAUCUGUGCGGGCGUGUGC